AUGGAAAACUCGAACGGUUUUAUCUAUACGGUCCCGGAGGCCACCGACCUGAAUUCCACCGGCUCCGAUUUGUCGCACAUGACCAACGAGUUCCAACUCAGCGACUCGUCCAACAACGAGGAGAACAACUGCUCGCCGUCCAAGUUCAUCUACACCAACCAGCUGUACUGCCAUCCGGAUCAAAUUAAGAAUGGAUAUGGUAGGUGGCGUUGAACUUGUUUGAUUAAUCAUGCAACUUUGUUUAGCGAUAGACCAGUCCCUGUACAACAGCUUCAUCAUCCCCAGCUACUACUCCGGACAACAAGAUGCCAAUCAAAACUCGGCCGAAAUCGCCCAAAACCAAAUGAUUGUCUCCACCGCGGCGCCAGAGCUCUCCACUCAACAGGCCGCACUAAUCGCGCAGAACACGGAUUUCGUGCAGACCCAGCUGCAGGCGCAGAACUUUUUCAGCUCGCAGUACGGUCUGAAUUAUGCGGACUACUCGUCCUACCAGAACAUGAACCCCAACCUGCUCAUAUCCACUCCGCCGUCCACCUCCGAGGCCUCCACCAUCAACGGAAUCCCCACGCUCGGCGAGGACGACUGUAAUGCGCUGAGUGUGGAUGUGAACGACUGCAAGCCGGACGCAAUGGACAUCAAGCCGCGGUUGGGCAAGAUUAAGCCGGUUGGCGCCGGUGAGCAUCGAGAAUGCACCAAUUGCGGAGCGACGUCGACGCCGUUGUGGCGAAGAGACGCGCGUGGAGAGUAUCUGUGCAACGCGUGCGGACUCUACCAGAAAGUGAAUCAGGGAGCGAGGAGGCCGCUGGAGAAGCCGAAGAAACGUCAGGUGAGAAAUUUUGGCAAAAAUAUAUAAAUCAUCCUAGUACUAAGCCAUCUGAAUUUUUUUGAUUUGCUCGAUUUUUGCGCUAUUCAAAUUUUGUCUCUUUUUUAAAGUGUUCAGCAGAUAGGGCCAAAGUUGACCGGCUUUACCAAAUUUUGCCCACUUUCUUUACCUACCGUACUCGAUGGCCUCUCUUCUUGUCACGAUGCAAAAAUUUACCGACAAAGCGAUCUUCCUCAAAAUUCGUUCCCAUAACCGGUUUGUCGGCAUAUAAUUAUCACCGAUUCCGAUCAUUUUUUGGAUCAUUCUACCCACUUUCCCUCAACAAUUAUAGUUCGGGCUAUACGGGUCUUUGUAUUGCUUUUGCGUUGAUUGACAGCCAGAUCGUGAUCCCAAAACAAUGGCUUUAAGCGGUCUGUUACGUCAUCUAAUGGGUAAUGUAAUCCAGAGCGUAGGGCAGUGCGGAAGAAUGGGACAAAAACAGUAGCCAAACUAGGCUGUUUUAAGCUUGUUGAAAAACAAAUCCUAUUAAAAUGGGAUCGGAAAAGCGACGCUCGUUUCGAUUACUAAUCCAUUUGUUUUUGCAUUGACCUGCAAUUGACAUAUUCAAUAGAUCGGAUUAUCGCUACGACCAAGUUUACGGUUUUGGCUCAAAUUACGUCAGAAACUUUUCUUUGGCUUUCAAUGGAAAGCUUUUUUUUGAAAUAUGGAGCCUUAACGCUCCUACAAGAAGCCUGACGCCAGUUGAUGAUAACAAUCUACUCUUCAUUACAAGCUUUCGAAUUUGUUUUCGCUCGGGGAAGAGAAUGGAAAUUUUGUUCAAAAAACGCGCAAUCUUGUUUGAAAACUAGGAGAAUUUAGCCGGAUUUUCGACAAAAUCAUCAUCAUCCUAAUGAAAUUUUAAAAAUUUUUUAUCUUCUUGAUAAAAAAUUAUAAAAAAAAACUUUAUAUUUCUGCAAAAUUUUUUAAAUAAUUAUUCGACCCUCGCUUUUCAGACGACCCAAAAACGAACCGGUAUUUAUUGCGUGAACUGCAACACGGACAAAACGACGUUGUGGAGGCGGAAUGCGAAUCAACAGCCCGUCUGCAAUGCCUGCGGAUUGUACUACAAACUUCAUAAUGUAAGACUUUUUUAAACGUUCUUCUUCCCUAUGAAAAAAAUAAAAAUUUUUGGGAUGGACUAAUUUUUAAUAGAUUUUUAUAUUCUUCGACAAUUUUAUAUUUUUACAUUUUUUGCCGGCAAAACGAAAACAAAAGCUGUCCGAGAGGAGCGCUUUAUGAUCAAGGUGUUUUUUUAUACCUAGAAUUCCGACAAAUGGCCUUUAUGGCUGGAAUGUCGUAAAAACACUCGCAUUUUUGUGCAUCCCAUGGUUUGGCGAUAUAUUUCACCAGGGCUAUGAUAUUAGGCUAAAUUUUUUUUCUGUCUUCCAUGCAAUUUUUUUGCCUUUAUUUUUCCCCAUAGCACUACCGUAUCGCGCAGCAGCGAUUACGGCGCAGUAAACCCGGAAUCCGCCGAGGUAUUUUGCCUCUUUGCAUUCAUGAUUAAUAGGUCAUUAAUUACCCGUAAAAGGAGGCCUCGAACAACCAACUCCACCACGUCAAGACUCGGCUGAUAACAUCUCGAGUAACCGAGACGUGUCAAGACAUUGAGAGGGGUGCUCUGAGGCGGCGCAGUGAGUGCUGGCGACGCGUAGAGCCGAGGCCUUGACAGACGGAGGGAAGACGGAGGGUCAGUGCCGGUUGAUUUUACAAAACUCAUGGAAUAAAACUCAAGGUCGCGCUGUAAUGGGUAAUUAGGCAAGGCGAGUCCGUUUAACAUUUUUUGCAUUAUCAUAAUCGAAUAUUUGGAAAUAAGACGAUAGGAAUUGCAAAAAAAGAAAAGAAAAUAAAAAUAAAUAAAAAUCUGCAUACUAACCGAAACAAUUUUUUCAAUUUUUCAGCAAGACCGCCCAAAAUCAAUGAAAAAAGACAACAUCCAAUGCCGCAAUCGGAAAGCCAAUCCCAAGGGCAAACGACACGGCCAAAUGCCGCAAAUCACCAAGGACACGCUAACCCAACAAUUGGAUAUGAGGAUGGUGAAUGAGACCGGCUUGUUCAACAUCCAGAACAACUUUGUCGGCUCGAUGGACACACUAGGCUUUCGAUUCAACGAGAUCAACGCCUACGGCAACGGGUUCUACCAAAGCCAGAGCCAGUAUCAAUAG